UCAGGGCUUUUCACAACAUCAGACAGGUUGUUGUGAAAUCCCAAAAGGCCAUGCAGAUGACAGAUAUACAAUUACCUUUGUUAAAUAAAAAGACUCUGCAGCAAUGGUACAACAAGGAGGACAAGGAGCAGGAGCAAAAAGUCCUCUUGCAGGGCAUAAACAUGCCAAAGCCCCCAAUGACAGCAAGUGGCUUGCCAGAGGCCCGCCAGAAACCAGCAGUACUCCCUUCAAGUGAGGCACCAAGGUUUACUUUUCAAAACCCCUCCUGUACUGCUGGCCUGGCACACAAGAGGACCAACUGUAAAAGGAAAACCCCUGUUCCAGAGCCAUCUGACUCCAAGAAACCGGCACUGCAAACAAUAAAGCCAGCAACGCCUACAAUUAUAAGAUAUCCUGUCAUGAUGGAGCAGCAACAGUUGAUCGUCCUAAAUCCUGGACAUCAUACCUUUCCAUCAUUUACAACUUCAACACCUCCAACAACAACAUCAACAACACCUUCAAAAAAAUCAAGACCCUACAAACCACCUUCGUUUAUUAAUUUUUAUGCAGCAAAUGUGGACUUAAUAGGAAAAAUUCUGACACUCACAAAUCAUUCAUGUUCAACAUCUUUUGUGCAAAUUCUGAAACAACCACAUUUGAAGAAUGGAAAAACAAAACGAAACAAGAAAUGGAUGAAAAAAGAAAAUUGA